AUGAGUCAAAACCAAGGUAACAAUUCAAACCAAGGUAAUAAUUCAAAUGAAGAGGUGCUUCAACACAGCAGUGGUGUUCGUAAUCAACCAGUUGGUAGUACACAAGGUGGCGUUGGCCCAUAUCAACGAACACCUGCUAAUUAUGCUGGUGGUCCCGGUCCACAUGCAAAUAGUACAAUCACCUUACAUGCUCAAAAUGGUCAAACAAAACAAACAACUACUGAUGCUAAUGGUGCUAUUUCAGAUGCUGAUCGUCAAUGGUUAGCUGAUAAUGGUGGUGCAUUACCUAUUUCACAAGUUCCACCUCAAGAUAAAGCUAUUGUUGGUACUGGCACUGGUGCUGCAGCUCAUAUGGCUGGUGAUACAACUCACGUUGGAACAAAACCAUUAGACAAUCGACCACCAGGUUCAUACAAUUCUAAUAGUAAUUCAAAUCAAGGUAAUAAUUCAAACCAGGGUAGUAAUUCAAGCCAAGGUAAUAGUUCAAAUCAAGGUAAUAAUUCAAACGAGGGUAGUAAUUCAAGCCAAGGUAAUAGUUCAAACCAGGGUAGCAAUUCAAACCCAGGUAAUAAUUCAAACCAGGGUAGUAAUUCAAACCAGGGUAAUAAUUCAAACCCAGGUAAUAAUUCAAGCCAAGGUAAUAGUUCAAACCAGGGUAGCAAUUCAAACCAGGGUAGUAAUUCAAACCAACGUAACAAUUCAAACCAGGGUAGUAAUUCAAACCCAGGUAAUAAUUCAAGCCAAGGUAAUAAUUCAAAUGAAGAGGUGCUUCAACACAGCAGUGGUGUUCGUAAUCAACCAGGUGGUAGUACACAAGGUGGCGUUGGCCCAUAUCAACGAACACCCGCUAAUUAUGCUGGUGGUCCCGGUCUACAUCCAAAUAGUACAAUCACCUUACAUGCUCAAAAUGGUCAAACAAAACGAACAACUACUGAUGCUAAUGGUGCCAUUUCAGAUGCUGAUCGUCAAUGGUUAGCUGAUAAUGGUGGUGCAUUACCUAUUUCACAAGUUCCACCUCAAGAUAAAGCCAUCGUUGGUACUGGCACUGGUGCUGCGGCUAAAAUGGCUGGUGAUACAACUCAUAUCGGAACAAAACCAUUAGACAACCGCCCACCAGGAUCCUUUAAUCCAAAUACUGGUUCAGUAACUGGUCAAUAA